AUGUCAUCGUCUCAACUAGUUCGUCGUAUUAUUAAAACAGCUGCAGCCGGACCUUCAAGUGGACCGUAUAGUCAAGCUGUUCAAGUUGGUCAAACAUUAUAUAUGAGUGGAGCACUUGGGCUUGAUCCUAAAACUGGUCAAUUUGCUGGUGAUGGUGUACAAGACCAAGCUCGCCAGUCAUUAAAAAACCUAGGUGAAGUUCUUAAAGCAGCAGGUGCUUCAUAUAGAAAUGUUGUGAAAACAAAUGUCUUUCUUCAAGAUAUGAAUGAUUUUGCUGCAAUGAAUGAAGUUUAUUCUGAAGUCUUUACAGAUCGUCAUCCAGCUCGAUCAACAGUUCAAGUUGCUGGUCUUCCAAGAAAUGCAAAAGUUGAAAUUGAAGCAAUAGCUGUCUUAGGUGAUAUUCAAGACGAAUAA